AUGGCACCAGAAACGGUCAACGCAGCCGGCGGGCGUCUUACUUUUCAAGAACAAUUGAAACUUAUUGAGCUUCCGAGUGUUGCCUACGAAGGAAGUUUGGUGAAGCGUUUCAUGAGCCAAAGAGCGGCAUACGUUCCUGGCAGCGAUCUGCCAGUCACUAACGGCUCUACUUCCGGAGGGUUGCAAACGUUCGUACAUAAAGCGGCUUAUGGAGGUCAUGUAUACAGCCAGGCUGGACUGGCGGCAUCAAAGACAUUCGCGAUGACUAGAGGGAAAACCCUUGGUGCUACAGCAUCGAGUAGUUUUGGAAUACAUACAAUUCACGGAUAUUUUUCCGAGGCAGGUCUCUCAGAUCGGCCGUUCAUCUACGAGGUCACUGUGAUUGCCGAAAACCGAUCAUUUCAUAAUUUCUUGGUCAAGGUCCGGCAACCAACAAGGCCGAGCGUGGGUGCAGAGGGUGAUCACUUUCCACUGGAAGACUCCGAGCAGACACUUGGCCCCGUUUGCUUCAGCGCCUUGGUCUCUUUUAGACCGGCUACAGCGUCACAAGUGAAGGUUCAGAGCCCUUCGGCGCAGACACGCUAUGCGGAGAUCCUGAGCUUACGACCAACCUGGGCUUGGGAUCCCGCACCGCUGGUCGAUAUAGCCGGUAUUAUAGCAGCCUUGGAGACUUCAAAAUUGGUGGGAACGUUCCCCAUCGUGGACAUGAGAAAGGUCGACAUGACGGCCUUCAACGAGGGUAAACCUCUUCACGAGAGACGUGAGCUCCUGCUCUACCGCCUGUUGGCGCCCCUACCCGAUGCAGACCCGGACGCGCACAUUUUGGCGCACGCAUUUGAGGCCGACAGGAAUGGUCUUCUGAUGAUUGGCAACCACGUUGGAUUGGGCUUCAGCUACGGCCGCGCGGCGAGCUUGAGUUACUCGUUCGUUGUGCAUGUUAACCCGUCGGAUGCUGUAAUGAAGUUUGGCGAGGAUGAGUGGUGGAUACAAGAAGCCAUCUUCCCGCGGGUUGAGGCCGGCCGAGGGAUCAUUAUGAGCAAGAUCUGGAGCCCCGGAGGAAUACACGUAGCUACAGAAUACCAGGACGGCAUCAUCCAGCGGCAGUUCAGACCGGGCGAGAGACAAGGUAAACUGUGA